AUGGAUAGAAGAAAAAUUCGUAAAUAAUUAGCAAAAAAGAUAGAAUUAGAAUCAUAGUUAGUUAAACCCAGAGAGUUAAGUAGCAAUGGAAAGCUAAACGAUUUAAAUAUAAAACCAUCAUCAACCAAAUCUGGUACUGGGACUCAAGGUAGCGAUUGGAUAGCAGAAAAACCACCAAAAUUUUCAAUAUCAACUACUAAUUUGAAAAUAAAAAAAGCUCAUGCAACUACCUUAAGCGAUUUCUUUAGUUAAUAAAGAGAAUAAGUUUUAGGGAUUAAGAAACAGUAAAAUCCUAUAUCUUAAUAAUCUUAAAAACGAGUUGCUCGCACUAGUGAAAAUAAGCUACCGCGUAUGUAAUCAUAUAAGAAAAAUGACUUACUAAAUUAAAAUCCUAUGAAUUUCUACCACAGAAAUAGCAAUGCAAUUGUUCAACAUAUUUUAAAAAUAAGUGAGAAUUCUGUGCUUUACAAUAUGGCAAGAAAUAAAAUAUAAAGCAAUGACAAUUAUAGUUAAUACAAUAAUCAAGAUGAAAGUCCAGAAGAAUCAAAUAAAAAUAGUAAACCUAGUACUUCGACAUAUCCUCACUCUUCUCUAAGAAAUACUAAUUAAUUAAACCAACUUAGAAACUUGACUUAAUUGACUUAAUAAAAGUAAUAGGUUUAAUUUUAACAUCAAGAAAAUGAGUUCAGCAAGCAAUAGAAUAAUAUUUAAAAUGAAGUGAAUAUUAAUGAGAAGAAUUAAAAUGAAGCAAACAAAUAAGGAAAUAACUAAAUUAAAACAUAUAAAUAGCAAAUCAUUUAAAAUAUCUCAAAUGAAAUAAAUUAAAAUUAAAAUAAUUUAAGAUAAAUGAAUUCAACUGAGAAUAAUUUUAAAUUUUCAAGAGAAUAAAGCACACCAAACUUAAAUUAUUUUCCAUCUGCUGGAAGAGAUAGUGUGAGCUAAAGGACCUUAAGAUCAACUAAUAGUAAAUUUACUGAGAAGAAAAGAGAAGAGAUUAAAAAUCCUAAAAAAUUUUAUUUUUUAAAUUCUUUAAAUUUUAAAAAUUACAAAUAUCCUCGUCCUUUGGAAAUGCCUUAUGAAAAAGAAAGUGAAAAGCUAACUCGUAUGCCUCUCUAUUUGCUACCUUAAUCAGCUCCUUCUAAGUAAAUAGAAGAUAUAUGCAUUAGCAAAUAUUAUAGUGAAGUGCAAGAAAUAGAGUAAAGCAUAGUGGAAAAGUAGUAAACUUUAUUACAAAAUUCUUAAAGAGAUAUUAGUGAAUAGUAAGGUUUAUAUAAUAAUGAGAAAGUAACUAGUGCAGAAAAUCUUCAUUUAAAAGACUUAGAAGAUAUGAAAUUAAAAUAUUUGACUGAAAUACAAUACUUGUAGAAAAAAGCUGUAUCUCAUUAAAAGAAAGGUAAAUUUAAGGUUAAUGCUAAGUACACAUUCAGUGAUUCGAAGAAUAAAUAUUUAAACUAAAUUAACAUGCGAAGUAAUAAAAUAGAGGAUUUAAGCGAUAAGCUAUAUCGUAUAAAAAAUAAAAUAGAAGAAUAAAUGGCUACAACAAAAGCAAAUUUAAGUAGAUUAUACUCAGAUAAUUCAUCUCUGAUGUAACAAAAUAGCUCUAUGUAGAAUAAGCUAUAGCUAAACUAAACAAUUUAGCAGCUUUACAAAGAGUUAGUUUACUAAUCCGACGAGCUUAAAUCAAAUCAUAAAUACACUGAAGAGUAUAGGUAAAAAUUAGAGGAGCAAGAUGAAGAAGGGGUUGAGCCUGAAGAGUAUGAGUAAUAUAAUGAAUAUGAUGAGGAACUUGAGUAUGAGAAUAGUUAAAAUAAUUAAGAUAAAGGUAAAAAUAAGAAAAAAUCUUAAGAAAUGUAGUCGAGUAUAGAGGAGUAGCCAAAUGCUUAUAUUUAAGAAGAAACAGAAGAAGAGUUCUAAAAUGAAGUUUCAAGUUAUAAAAAUACUGAAAGCUAAAUUUAACAAUAAAUUAGUGCAUAAGAAGACUAUAUUAACAGAUUUAUAAAAAAUAAUUCUUCUAAUCAAUAAAAUGAUUUUGAAGAAGAUGAGUAUCAAUAAAAUAAAUUUGAAGAUGAUUAACAAAUAUAUGAAUAAUAGUAGUAGUAAUAAAGUGAAACUAGGUAAAAAGAAAUGGAGGAGGCUUAAGAAGAUGACGAGGAAGAGGAAGAAGAUUAAAUAAAAAUACAUUCUUUGGCUGAUUUCAAAAAUGCUCAUCCACUCACUGAUAAAGAUAUUAUUUAAAAAACUUAACUGGGCUAACUGAUGAUGUCUGUCUUAAUAGAGACUUUUUCAGUUUUAAAAUUCAAUCGCCCUGCAUUAAGAAAUAGAAUUCUUCUAUCAUUAGGUCUUAAUCCAUAAGACACAUUUUAAUCUGUACCUAAGGACGUGUUUAAAUUUUUUUAUGAAAUUUUAGUAUCUAAAACAGCAACUGUUGAGUAAAAUGUAUAAUUUAUCUUAAAAUUCUUCAAGCUAGACGAUGAUGAUGAUGAACUAUAAGAGAAUAGAAAUGAAGAUAAUUAAGAACAAAUUUUAAAGGGAGAAUAAGGGAAGUUAAAAGUUUUGGAUAAGAAAAAAUUAUUAAUAGAUAAAGAUGAAUUUAAAAGAAUACUUAGAAUUCUAACAAUAUCAAUAGAUGAAAAAGCUAAGUAAGGGGAAAAAAGUCUAUUUGAUUACAUGAUAGAAAAUUUAAUAUUAACUGAAGUAAUAAAACCAAAUGAAUAACAAGUGGACCUUGAUUAAUUUAAGAGUAUUUUACUAGAAGGUAAAAUAAACUCAAAAGAUAUUAUAGACUUAAUCUCUAACUUAUAAUGA